GAGUAGAAGAAGAGUGAACGCAUGUGAGGCUGGGUUUCCAAACUCGGUGGAGAUGUUUUCCAGGUUAAAAAACAAAGUUGGGGAGGUUUUGUUACCGGGAGAUGAGUUCUGCUUCGACACGGACGACACCAUCUCGUUAACGGAGUCGGUGAAGGCGGAGAAGGUGGUGUGCGGACCGGGUCUGAGGCGGAGCGGGGACCGGCUGGUGGUGUGUAAGAGCGGCGUCCUGAGACACAAACAGCCCAACGUGUUCUGGAUGGACGCCCAGCAGAAGAGGUACGUCCCCGCUAAAGGAGAGACCGUCAUCGGCAUCGUCACGACCAAAUCUGGAGACGUUUUCAAGGUGGACUUUGGAGGAAGCGAACAGGCGUCUCUGUCUUAUUUAGCGUUCGAGGGGGCGACGAAGAGGAACCGACCCAACGUCCAGGUGGGCGACCUGGUGUUCGCUCAGUUCCUCAUCGCCAAUAAGGACAUGGAGCCGGAGCUGGUGUGUAUCGACGGUUCGGGCCGGGCCAACGGGAUGGGCGUGUUCGGGGCAGGUGGUCUACUCUUCAUGGUCUCUCUGGGCCUGGUCCGGAGGCUCCUGGCCCCGGGGUCAGAGAUCAUGUCGGACCUGUCGCAGCUGUUCCCCUGCGAGCUGGUGGUGGGGAUGAACGGCCGGCUGUGGGUGAAGGCGUCCAGCAUUCAGCGGACGCUCAUCGUGUCCAACCUGCUGCAGAGCUGCGAGAACAUGACGGCCACGCAGAGACGGGAGCUGUUUAAAAGGGUGGCACAGGGGGCGCUAUAGAGCAAGGACCUCCUAAAGCUGCAGGUGAGAAACUGAAACACUGAGCUGAAAGGACCACUCUGCUGUUUUAUUCAUCACAGCUACAUGUUUCACAGGAACGUGGUUGUGAGUUGAAGCUGUGGAUUUGUUACUUGGACUGUCAAUCAAAGAGCAAACACAUGGAAACUGUUCCUGUUGUUCAUCUCAAAGCCUGUAACAGAGGCUUUUCUUGUAGUAAUAGGUUAAUACGGAGCCCCUUUGGUGACGUGUGAGGAAAAAAAUAUGAGUUAGUAAUGUGUUUCCAUUACUUUAAUCGAAGUAUAUCACGGUAGUUCAUACAAAGGUGAAAAUAAAAUCAAAUUGAGGUGUUCCAUGUUGGUAAGAGCAUCAACUCGGUGUGCAACGCUAUACAGCAAUCUCGUAGGUGAAUUAUCUUGUGCUCACGUUAGUAGUAUCUUGUGGCCACAUAUAUAUUUAUUUUUUUCUCAUGUCACCAAAGGGGCUCCAUAGGUUAAUCCUACAGAUGAUACAUGCGACUGUUGGGUUUUCUGCGUGGGUUUAAUAUUAUCCUUAAAUUUGUGGAAGAAUUGGGUGACUGUUGUGGAGCCUGGAAGGCCGUCUGCAGUUACACUGUACAAUUUCAGUAAAAAUAUGUCAUUUAGCUUAAAUUUUUAAAUCAUUUUUAUCAUUAUGCAUGUGUAGAAAAUUUUCGAAAAGCAUCCAAAAAGCUUCCAAACUAAAGUCCGCUGGCCAUUAACUGCACUCAUUAGAAAAAGCCUUUUAAUCAGGUUCGAUGCUCUUAUUGUUUCACAUUAAUUUGACUUUUGAUUCCCAAAAUGGUGUGAGUUCUGCAUUCUUAAUCAUUCUUAUAAUGGUAGGGAAAAUCCUGGACUACUUGUUAGUGCAGUGUGAGUUUAAAUUUUCUAUCACAGUAUUUUUUUGAUUCUGGAAGUUUCCUUUUUGUAUUUUGUGAGACUGCAUCUUAAUUCUGUGGGAAAAACUGAAGAUUUAAACAGAUCCAGUAUCACAAAAAACAGGAAAACAAGCUUUGACAUCUUUGACACUUAAAAAAAAAAAAAACUAGUUAAAGUACAGUCGUUCUCAGUUUCUGGAGAAAUCCAUGAUGUGUUGAUUUUUCUGUAAAGCUC